GUCGAUCGGCGACCUCCAUACCGCACCGUGUGUAGCAGGAGUCGGGCAUAGGCAGGCCGCAGGACGACAGAGUCGGCAACGGGGCACCACAGUCGGAUCGCGCGUGCCGGUCGAAUACACGCGCGCACGUGCCUCUUUGGAUGAUGCGGUGGUGAGUCGCGAUGGUGCGCGAACGCGGACAGUGGUGCGUGUAAUUGAGCGGGCUGAUUUCGUCAGUGAUGUCAUUGUUGUGUAGUGCAAAAAUGUAAUUGGUUCAAAACCUACCGCGCGUUACAUCAUUCGUGUGUCACAAAACAUGUUUCGUCGUGUUUUAUUUGUUAGAACGAUGUAAAUUUGGUUUUAUCAGUGAAAGUGUUUUAAUACGAUGUUGAUGAAAUUAACGUUCAUUUAUUGGGUUCUCGCUACAUCGGUACCAAAGGCGGAAGCGUCCCCAAACGAAAAAUCGUCUUUAAAAGCGCUGAAACAAAGAAGACACCCGAGGCAGUACUACCAAGGCAUGCCGAUUUAUCCAGCUGUAGAGUUCAACCAACAACUACCACCUUACAUCGUACCGAGGUGUUACUACUUCAUGCCUUGUGUAGCGCCACCUUGCCAAAGGCGAUGUCCAAAUUUUGGCCGGCCGUCACCAGUUGUUCCUGCACCAGGUUAUGUCGGUGCAGAGAUCAUUAUAUCACCCGCUGAAACUAAGUUUCCUGCUACUAAACCUCCUAACAACAUUCCAGGCAAGUAA